AUGGUUAAAAUUCUCCUGGUUGUGAAUUUCAGUCAUUUAUACAGGGGAUAUAUUGAGUACAUCAACUCAUCUGACAAACCCGAUGUGGCUGAGACUGAGAAAUUCGAUGGGUCGAAAUUGAAGAAGACAGAAACGCAAGAGAAAAACCCACUGCCUUCAAAAGAAACGACUGAACAGGAGAAGCAAGCAGGCGAAUCGUAAUGAGGCACGCGCCGCCAAUAUGCACUGUGCAUCCC